AUGGCAGUUUUCUCGCAAGACGUGAGCGCCGCCGUACAGAGCUUCCGCUCUCGCCCACCGAUUCUGCUGAGAACCCGCUCCUCAAACUGGUUCAUCACCCUCGCAGUUUGCUUCGCAGUCUUUACCGAUGUCUUCCUCUACGCCGUCAUCGUCCCGGUCAUUCCCUUCGCGCUCGAAUCCCGCGUUGGCCUCGCGGCCUCGGAAGUUCAGCACUGGGUCUCUAUCCUCCUCGCCGUCUACGGCGCCGCUCUGUUAGUCGCAGCGCCCAUCUUUGGCGUCCUGGCCGAUCGGAUCAGGUCCCGCCAGGCGCCGCUUUUGGCCGGCCUUGUGGUCUUGCUCGGAGCGACGGUGAUGUUCUGCUUCGGGAAGUCGCUCACUGUUUUGGUGGUGGCGAGAGUGUUGCAGGGUGCUUCGGCUGGUGUGGUAUGGGUGGUGGCGUUGGCGUUGUUGAGUGAUACGGUGGGCAAAGAGGCAUCAGGACAGGCAAUGGGGUUUGUUGCGGCGAGUUAUUCUGCGGGUACCAUUCUGGCGCCGUUCUUAGGUGGGAUAGUCUAUAGAGAGGGAGGGUAUUUUGAGGUCUUUGGGAUGUGUUUCGGGGUGGUCGGGACGGACAUAGUGCUGAGGUUGGCGAUUAUCGAGAAGCAUAGAGCGAGGAAGUGGCAGGAUGGGGUAGUGGAGGGCGGACCGGGUUUUGAGCUGGCGGAGGAUACAAACACGACGGCAAGGGUUCCCGAUGAUCAGGGUAAGAGGGCCGAUGAGAUGACAGUAGCUCCCACAGUUGCAUCGAGGAAAGGGCAACCCACCUUCGUGGUACUUAUCAAGUCACGGCGUCUGCAGGCGGCCUGGGUUGGCACUCUGGUGGUUUCGAUGACAAUGACUGGACUGGAUGCGACACUGCCGCUAUUCGUCAACCGUAUGUUUGGUUGGGACUCUCUCGGCGCCGGCUUGAUAUUCAUCGCCUUGCUCAUACCACAUAUGUUUGGACCCAUCAUUGGCAGAACGGUCGACAAGAUAGGACCUCGCUGGAUCGCAACUUUCGGCGCGAUUCUGCUGCUACCAUUCUGGGUGCUUUUCAGGUUGGUUGAUCACAAUAGUAUACGACAAAUUGUCCUCAUGGUAGUGCUGCUGCUUGGAAUUGGAGUCGCGACAGCCUUACUGGUCACGUCACUGAUGUCCGAAUUCAGCAAGGUGUGCGACAGUAAGGAAAAGAAGGACGCGAACAUCUUCCGUGGCAGAAGCGCCUACUCCACGUCGUACGGCAUCUUCAACAUCAGCUGGGCGGCAGGCGCCCUCCUGGGCCCACUUAUGGCCGCCGGCAUAGAGCGCUCAGCGGGAUGGAAGACCAUGACCUGGUGUUUCGGACUGACAGCCGCGGCCUGCUUGCCAUUUGUUGUGCUUUUCACAGGAGGACUGAUAACGACGCGUCGGAAAGCGGAUCCCACGCCCUCGAGCAACAACGCGGUUGUAGUAUGA